AACAAAUCCUUUAAACUGCUAGAACUCAAUUGGAGCAAUCAUGCUCAGAAUUGUGGUUGUGGUACUGUUGGUGGUUUCUGCUGUUACCGGAAGUCCUAAAAAGGGUUUUGGAUUGUGUGGAGCUAGAUAUAAAUGUGGUGAUACUCAUGCUUUGUCUUCUUCCACAUGGUGGUACAACUGGCAUGAUAAUUUUAACAAAGACACCAUGUAUCAUUGUGCUAAACGAGUGAGAGGGGAAUAUGUACCAAUGUGUACCCACGAAUCUGACGUACAUUCUUUCAACCCACCAUCCAAUGCUAAACAUAUCCUGGGCUUCAACGAACCAAACGUAUACACCAACGGUCAUUUCAAGUUAUCCCCGGAACGAGCUGCUGAGCUCUGGCCACAGAUCGAACAGAAGGCACAUGGAAAGAUUCUAGUAUCACCAGCUCCAACAAGUUGCGAUAAUUUCCCCAAUUCCUGCUAUCAUUGGUUUGAUCGAUUCUUCAAAGCCUGUCAUAACUGUCGAGUGGACAGAUUAGCCUUACAUUCGUACAAUUGUCAACCAAACCAAAUCAUGGACAUGAUAAAUAAAUUUUACCAUAAAUACAACAAAAAGAUCUGGUUAACAGAAUUCGCCUGUAUUCAUGCUUCUAACGCUGACCAAGAUCUCAACUUUAUGAAGCAAAUCAUACCCAGACUAGAGAGCUCACCGUAUGUUGAAAGAUAUGCCUGGUUUUGUACCAGAGAGAGGGCUAAUAAAUAUUCCCACUGGGAUUUAUUAAAUGGAGAAUCUGCCUCUUUAAAUAAAUUAGGACAAUAUUACAACAAUCACUAAAUAAAAAAUAAAUUAUUC